UAGAUACUGUCAUUACAUUGGCGCUCUGUAAAGAUCAUGGGUCUUUUUCAGAGUUGUUUUGCCAGAAAUAACAAAGUGGGCGUGAUGAAGGAAGAGAUGGAGGCGUACGAGAAAGUACGACGUACAAUGGUUACAGAGGAAGUAACAAAAAAGAAAGGCGGUGUGGCCUUUGAUCUCACCUUCGUUUCAGAGGAAACCCCAAAGAUGCCUCCACCCAGAUUGCUUGAAAACAAAAAGGAGGAUUUUGAGAAAUGGAGAGAAUCUCAGGAAAAAGCCCAGAUCGAGAAACAAGAGCGGGCACAGCAGAUCAGAGAGGAAGCUCGUAUCCAGAAAGAGAUUGAAGUGGCCCACAAGGAGAUGGAGAGGCUCGAGAAAUAUGUCAACAUCGAUAGCACUGCCCAAUGAAUUAGACUCUUGAUAUCAUUGACUAAAAUUUUAAUUAACACAAUACUUUAAUCUGUAAUUUUUAACAUUGGAACCAAAGAGGGGACACCCGAGCUCUUUAUAAGCUGUGUUUGGCUUUUAAUUUCACCUGUUUCUUUCUUUCUUUCUUUUUCUUCUUUUUUUUUUUUUUUUUUUUUUUGCCUUUUGAUUUUAAAAAAAAUUCAAUUCGCAAUGUGGGGCCUUGGAGACAGAUCUAAGGCUAGCAUAGCGAAACAAAAUUUUACUUUUCCAAAAUGUUCAUGUCUUUCGGAACUUUGGCUCUAUAAAUACUCAUUCCGUCAGGAAUCAGGAAUGGGUAUUACGUUGGAACACCCAUCCCGUCAGUGAUCAGGGGUGGGGGCUCCUCGUCAAAAACUUCUAAAUUGUAAAUGAAACAUCCGUUUAGAGAUGUCCAAAAGCUCCGUUGUCCUCUCUUUUCAAAAAUCUGUAAUCCAAAGUUCAAUAAACUAAUUAUUUGCAACCACA